AUGAGUUCCUCAACAAUAUCAGUCCAGGAUGAAGAUGCGGUCGAUACUCAAGAACGUGUGGAAUGGUUAAAUCGUUUUUUGGCGAGGACUUUCUUCGGCUCAUCUUGUCGCCAUUGUAUUGAUGCAGGUUAUCAUUUACAACAUAAACAAUUCAAGAUUUACAGACAUGUUUAUAAGGAUGUUGUAGUUCUUAGUGACAUGAAAAACUACUUGGAUUGCUCACAAAUUCAGGCAUAUAAGUGUAACCAACAUCUGGUAAUAGCACUAAAGCCUCUGCCUCAUUCUGGAGCACAUAUAAAUGAUGAGACUGCAUGCACCACAUGCAAGAGAAGAUUGCUUGACCCAUCUUCAAACAGCUUUUGCUCUAUUUCCUGCAAGGUCCAUGGAUUUUUUACAAAGGAAAAAUACUCUGAUUCUCCAUUCCUGUCACUUCCAUCUGAGAAGAAAGAAAAACGCCCAAGGAAAGUCACCCCUCACAGGGCUCCACUUCAAUAA